AUGGAACUUUCCGACUUUGUGAAACAGUUUGAAACAAUUUACCCUCGUUCCCUAGCGGAGUCAUGGGACAACACAGGUCUUCUUGUAUCAUGCAGUUCCAGAAUAACAAACGUGUUGGUCUGUAUUGACAUUACACCUUCAGUACUUUCCGAAGCAAUUUCUCAACACGUCGAGUUAAUCAUUUCCUACCACCCAACGUUAUUCAAAUCUUUCAAAAAAGUGACUCCAUCAACUCGUAGCCAAGACUUGUUGAUUCAACUUAUUCAGAAUCACAUCAGUGUGUACUCCCCGCAUUCCGCUCUCGACUCGGUCAAUGGUGGAAUCAAUGAUUGGCUUUCUUCUAGUUUACAAAGUCUUCCGUCCUUUCCAUUAAAAGUACCACCACACACUCUUCCAAUCACUCCUGGUAAAUUCCAAGAGAUUUCUAUUGGCGCAGGCAGACUUCUAACAUUCGACGACAAAAUUUCUUUUGAUGAUCUCCUCGCUGUUUCAAAGAAGUUUUUGAACGCACCUUUGCGUUAUGCAAAGCCCUCUCAUUUCGAUAAAGUCAAAACAGUGGCGAUUUGUUGUGGCAGUGGUGGAUCAAUGUUUGAGAAUGGUUGUGCGGAUGUUGUGUUUACAGGAGAGAUGGGCCACCAUGAAGUUUUGGAACAUUUGAAUUUUGGGACUGCCGUUAUAUUAUCAGAGCACACUGUAACGGAAAGGGGGUAUUUGGAUGUAUGGGUACCUCGACUUAGUGAGUUAUUCCCAAUUCUUCACAUAGAGAAGUCCAAGACUGAUAUGAGUCCGUUGCAGUACACUAUCUAA